CCCAGGGGCGCAUAGAGGAGAGCUGGUGCGCGCUCUUGGUCCACUUUUACGCAUCACUAACUUCUCAUUGUCACCCAUCCCGGAGCAGCGCAAUGCUGUGCGGCGCUUUCCCGUAACAAGACCCACGAGGAAAGCCAUUUAAAACCAUUCCCCCCCCCACCCCCCACCUCCGCCACCAACUCAGAUUGAAGCAGCCGCGUGGAGCACCUUGGUCAUGGGUGCGCACCAACGGAGCUCCGCGCGUUUCGGAUGUGUCCUGUCACUGUGCGGAUGUUUGGCCUUGCUGUGCGGGGUGACGGUGCCUCGAGUGGAGGCCGGCUGCCGGGAGCGGGACAGCCCCAACUGUUGCACCGGGCGGAACAACGACUGCUUCGAGUACACGCGGAGGAAGACGGUGUGCUACUGCGACACGUACUGUCAGAAGACCGGAGACUGCUGCGACGACUACCAGAGUGUGUGCCUAAUAUCUGCAGCCAUCGACUGUACGGUGGGCUCCUGGGGUCCCUGGUCACCGUGUACGUCUCCGUGCGGGGUGGGAAGCACGGAAAGGAGUCGCCAAGUGUCCGUCCCGCCUCGAAACGGGGGGACGCCUUGCCCGGACCUCAAACAGCGCCGCGGCUGCUUCGGAAACAACCAAAUAUGCAGUUCGGCGAAAGACGUUGCGAAGAUCCUUCCGGAUUCCUUCAAGAGGAACUUUAAGGAUCCUUGGAGGAGGCCUCACAUGCUAGUGAAGGAGGAGAAGGCCAGCUAUUGUGUGUAUUUGAGGGUGAAACAAGCGAGUGCGGCUUGCAAACUGAAACUGUGGAGUGCCCAGCUGGUGAGAGAGAGGCUGGUUUGCGCAGAGUGCCAGAGUGACGCCAUGUCCAAGUCAGAGCGAUGUGGAGGAGACGGCCUGGAGGGCACCAGAACCUUCUGGUCCGCAGCUUCCGCCGUAGGCUGCCACGGGUCAUGGGUGCGAGAGUCGUCGUCCCAAGUCUGCCGAUGCCCCCCUUACUCUGUCCUCUUUGUGUGAGCACCACACGUCCACGUGGAAGGAGCCACCGCAUUGUCCUCGACAGCUCCUGCAAAAAGUCCCGGAUGGGUUUACUCAAGGAGAUCAGCAGCAUCCUGCCACUUUUUUUUUUUUUCCUUUUUUUUUUUUUAAUCAUCCACCUCAUAUUCUGUACUGUAUGGCUUACUCCACACGCAGCUAACCUUGCAAAUAACAUUCAAAAUUGUACCGCCACCUAUUUUUUCUUCUCCAAAGCACAGCAACCACUGUAUAUUUUCACCUCCCUGCUAUCUACCUCCAUAAAUGCAAGUGCGUUUUAAUAAUGCGUCAUGUAUAAAUAUGCAGAAAUAUAUGAUUUAGCUUUAUACAUUUUCUACUCUCGAUCGCCAUGUGGUUUUUUUUUUGUAUCGACGUGAUUUUACACCAAACGGCAGCGACUGCGCUAACAUUAAGACCCCAUUGGCUGCUUCUGUGCCCAACGUUACAGUGGAACCUCUAAAACAAGUCAGAAUCGGCAAAGGGAGAGCGAUCGGAGAACAGGGUCUGAUUUCUGGUCAACAUAAUGAUGACAAAAAAAAAAGAAGUGUGGAGUCAACUGUGUUUCGUUUUGACUCAGCUCCCAGGUGCACAGUCGUCGCCAUGUCUUCUCAUUGGCCAUCAAGGGUGAGUACACCUUUUAUUGUUUAAUUCGAACUGCUUUUGACUUCUUUUGACAAAAACCGUGACAAAAAGUCGCAGCGAUUAUGCUUUGAAUCUCGAUAUCAACAUCGCUCAAAGCGCAUAGAGGUUCCACUGUAUUUCUAUUCACCUAAAAGCAAAAAAAAAAAAAAAUCAGGAAUGAGCAGCAAUUUCUCAGGUGUUUCAAUAUUGUUUCCUGACCCUUUACACGACCUUUCCGGCGGCCGCGGCAGCCUCAUUUACCCAAAAUGUCGUUUGUGAAGCUCCCACGCCGGCCGGGCCCAGCUGCCAGCGGCUCAAUAAAUGUUCGAAGAGUUGGUUAGUUAGUUUUACAAGAGUGCUAGUCGGCAAGUGUAAGAUGCGGCUGAAUAAAUAAUCACUCCGUCCCACUAUUGACAGACAGCCUGGAUGCCUCAUGAUGUACUGGCAGAUUUUGUUACCAGGCAACCAUGGCAAUCACCGCUUUCCCUUUUGUUCCACCCCAUUGCAUUUUCUUACGACCACCCAAUUGUGGAAAUAGGGCUGCCAUGGCUGUUGGAUACGGUGUGCAAAUGUAGCCAAACCAUCCAGGCCUAAUUACCUUUUUUUUUUAUUGAUGACACUUAAAGGUCAGACACAGCACUUCUUCUCUAUACUUGUGGGGUUUUGUGUUCGUGCGUGUGUGUGUGUUUUCUUUUCCUUGGAAGAAAUAGCAGAUUAACAUAACAUUCCUGACUUGAACAACACAGGUCAUUCAAGCGCAGGAAUUCCAAAUACCACACGCACGCACACACACACACAUACUCGCGCACCUACACACAUACCAGAAAGUUCCUUAAAGUGGAAAACUGUGAUUUGUUGUUCUCUCGCUACACAUUUGUGUAUUUCUUUAUUUAUUAUAAAACAAUGACUUUGUUAGCGCAGCGCAGAAAUCCUUUGUACCCUGACCAUUAGUGAAAAUAAACAAAUAUAACUGUCAUAUAUUUUGUUGUUGUUUUGGCCUGGAAACACUUCUGCGAGUUAUUUUUCUGAGUGAAUGAACGUUUUCGGUUUAAAGGGACCUUGUCUGCUUGUUUUUGCUCGGUCAUCCACUUGAACUUCACCUUCAGUAAUCUUUACCUGACAACUACACAACUGGCCUCAGUCAGCACAACUCUUCUCUCUUUCUGCACCAGCACCCUCAGCCCCCCCCCCCUUUCCCCUUAGCCACUACUGCUAACCCGCCUUCCAAAGGGCAGGAAGGCCCAUCUCUGGCUCGUUGCCUGAUGGGCUCCGACAGCAGUGUGUUCUGGGAUUAGGCGGCGUGAAAGGGGGGCAUUCCAGUACCAGCGGCCUUUGUGACACUGUUUGGUUUUGACAAGACAGCUGUUCAAAGGCCUCUUGACCCCGUGCACGGCGUGAAGGGAAAGCAUUCAGGGGUGACUUCCGUUUAUUGUUUUUGUUGGUGGUGGUUGUGCCAUGACAGUAGUCACCACCUGUAUUUGCAUCACCUCUUUCUCGCCAUCAUCUUCUACUCAUCUGUCCAUCCUUGUGUGUGUUUUUGUAAUAUUUUUAUGAAUACUGUAUUGUAAUAUAACAAUAUACAACUAAUUUUGCAUGAGUGCAGUAUUACUACAGCUGCCAUAUUUUGUAUUGUGCUGAUUUUAAAUGUCAUUGUCCGGAUUAAACAGUCCAGUGGGAAGUCAA